CAACAAAAGCAAGUAUGUGCUAAUAAACCAUGAUUAUAUUUAAUGACCAACGGUUUUGCUAUUUUUUUUAGGGUAUACGGCAGAGUCGGCAACCAACUUAUCAUUGCCGCCGGAGGAGUCAAUCAUUUGUUCCCAUUUUUGGCCUAACUUGAAUUUCUCUGGUUUGACCAGAACACUUAUGAUCGAGUUCUAUUGAUUUAUUAAAAAGCCUUCGCUUGAGUAAUUUCUAUUAACACUAUAGUUAGUAAAAUACGAUAUGAAAAAGUUAUGGAUAAAACACGUACGGGUAUUAUAUUUCUUUUUUAAGUUAAAAUUACGUUUAAUAGUAUGUUAAUAGUUAUUAAUAUAUAAAAUUAAUUAUUUCAAAAAUAAAUAAUAUUAAAGUUAACAAUUUAAUUCAUAAAAUAUGGAUAAUAAACGUGUUAUACGGGUUUAGUACGGGAGCCAUCAAAUGAACGGAAAAAAAUAAAACGGCUUGACAAUAAUACGGAUACGGAAGUUUUAAACGGAUAAAGUAUGUACUGGUACAUAUACGUGUAUUAAACGGAGUAUUUACUAAGUAGCGAGUCUAAAGGGGUUGCGGAUUGCGAAUUUAUGGAUGUGUUGAAAUGAAUUUGUGAAUUGAAUUAUCAAUUCAAGUGUCAACUAAAGUUUGGAUCAUAUGAAAUUUUUGAAAAGUUCAAGUACUAUCAAUAUCUUAAUAAGAGUUUAAAUACCAAAAUGUAAAAUUUUAACAAUAUUUUCAUUAAAAACUCGAAGUAAAAUGUAAUUUUCAAUAAUCCAUCAUACCAUUACAUGAAUUCACCAUAUCAUUAGAUUCAGACUGAAUUAGUUAAAUAUUUAAAUGAAUGUAUUGAAUUGAAUUCAAAUUGUCAAAUUUAAUUUAUAUUCGAUAUGAAAUUUCAUUAAUGGUUGGUUUGAAUCACACUACUUAUGCACAAAAAGUGGGUGCUCCACAUUUUUAUUGUAUCUUAUUUGUAUUCUACGGUUGUGUAGAUCAGAAAAUAAUGCACAUGGAGAAGUUGUUACGAAAAAUGAUUAAGGGAGGAAUCCAAUAAGAAGAUUAAUUAAAUUUCUCCAAUCUUAGCGUCUCCAAUGAAGAAAACAAGUAGUAUAUCCAAUUGUAGAAGAAAGUUGCUGGAGCGUGGAAUUCGUAUAAAAACCAAACCCCCGAUCUAAUCAUUUGGAUUGUUGACUACAAAAAAAAAUCUAUUAAUGUAUAAACGGAACAAUCGCACAAGAAACAAACGACGAUAAAACUGGGAAUACCGCAUACUUUUAAUAAACAAAAUAAUAUCUCAACAUUAAAUAAAUUAAAGUUUGGGUAUACCAAACCCUAAUGAACUAAGCCUAAGUAUUUUUCUCUCUCUAAAUUUACACCUUAAGAUCAACUUGAUAGAAACCAUAAUCGAAGAUAUUGAUUUAUCGGAAAAAAAAUAAAGAUACUAGAUGCAUCAUGUUAGGAUAUAGAGUUUAGAGAAUUAGAACCUAGGAUGUACUCAUUAAAGGUUAGGAUAAAAUACCAUGCUCUAUAGUCAGGUAAAUUCAAGGAUUAGGUAAAUGUUUUUUGCAAGAGUAUGUGAUGUUCCUAAAUUUACCAAUGCGACUUUUAAUUGUUCUUUUACCCGUUGGUAAAUGGUAUAUGAUAUGUAAUUAAACCUCUUUCAAUAAUUGAGUUAUUGGGACCAACUGAUUUGUGACAUGGUAUCAGAGCUUUCUGUGGCUGAGAGGUCUUCUAUUCGAAUUUUGAUGAUCCUCAUAUGUUCUAUUCUACACAUGAUAUCCAGACCUGUUCAAACUUCAAGCUCAUAUGUGUCGGCUUUCUUUUGAAAGAAUGUGUUAGUAAAUUAUAGGUUUAAUUCACCCGUGUAGCCAUAACUUUCACGGUUUUGACAGAUAUAGCCACUUUUUGAAUAAUACACAAAUGUAGCCAUUUCCGUCCUAUUUUUUGACGGUCCACUUAACUAGCUGACUGGACUAACGGUUGCGGCUGAUGUGGCGCGUUUUGGUUUUCGUCUUUGCCACGUGGAAUUUUUUUUUCUUAUUAUUAAAAAGUAAAACGACAUAGUUGGAGACGAAAAGGGGAUUCAGAUCACUUUCCCCUUUUUCGUUUUAGGGUUCCCAACCUACUCUUUUCCUUUUCUCUCUACUCUUCCCAAUCGUUCGCGAUCGCCGACAAAGGGAAGCCAUGCAUUCCGCCGGUGAGUAGCAUCGGAGGGUCGCUCUUUUGUCGGCGGUACGGACUUCGGCGGUUCGGCUGGCGGCGGCUAAGAAACAUCGGCGGAGGAACCCUAAAUCGCGUUGCUAAGAAACCCUAAAUCGUUCGGCUGGUGAGUGAUUCUGGUUUUCUUCUCUGGUUUUCUUCUUCGCACGGUUCGAAUGAAUGAAUGUUUUGUUAACGGGAAGUGGGUGUUGUGUAUUUAUAGGUUGAAAGGUGGAAAGCGACAUCACAACUUCGAGGGACCAGAAGAAUAUUUUUUUCACGAGAUUGCCCCUGCAAAAGACGGUAAACGCCAUAAAUCUCUGGUUAUAAUCGUCAUUUACUAUUUAAGCUUCCCUUUUUCGUGCUUUUCUUGGCUGUAUGUAGAGUUCCCCAAUUUGUUUAAUCGCUUAUUGGAUGUGUGUGUCUGAUUUGUUUAUUAGCGAUUAAUCAUUAAUUAGUAGUUAAUCGAAUAAACAAUCAAUUUCUGCAGAGAGAUGGCAGAUUCGUGGGAGGAAGGAAAUGGUGAGAAUGUCACAAACCAGGAAGGGGAAGAAGAUGAUUUCCUGUCAGUAGAAGAUGGGGUAGCAGCUUCUGUUGCAAAGGAGGUGUACCACGUUUACGAUUCGGAUGAUGCUGAUACUUCGGAUGAUGAAUAUCACGAAGCACGUGACAACUUACGAGCAUAUGGCGAGACGAGGAGGAGGAGGAAGGUGCAUACAAAGCGUGCUGCUGAUGGGGAAGAGGUGGACCAAUUGGAUGAAUUUGAAGAUGUUGAGGUUGAGAGUGGAGAGGAAGAGGAAGCAGAGAAUGAUAAUGGUGCACAUGGAGAGGAUGUAGGGGAGGAUGCUGUCGGGGGAGAUGAACCGAGGAAUGAGGCUACAAUUCAUUCUAUAUCCAAUCAGGAGCCCCCUAUUCAAGAACAAGCCGUUGGUGAGAAUUCUAACGACUCAUUUUACAGAUUGUCUGAAGAUUCGGAUCAUGUUCGUCCGAACUUAUCUGAUGAAGAAGCUAGGGAAAUGUACGAUGAUGCUCCACAUUAUGAUCCAAAAUGUGAUCAUAAGAGCUUGCAAUUUGUGUGUCGGAUGAAGUUCGCCAGUGCAGAGCAAUUCAAGGAAGCUGUUGUUAGACAUUCUGUCGCAGCAGGUGCAAGUCUGAGGUGGCUUAGGACUAACCCUAAAAGGAGGGAGGUGAGGUGUAAGUCUCUGAAUUGUAAGUGGAAGUUGUAUGCCAGUUGGUUCAGGAAGGACAGGAGCUUUAUGAUCAGGAAAGUAGGGCUGCCACAUUCGUGUUCAAGGCAGCUUAGAGUGAAUCAAGUCACUGCUAAGUGGAUAGCAAGUGACAUGUUAGAUAGAUUCAGGAUAAAUCCUGAAUGGGCUCCGAAUCAGAUAAUGGCCGAGGUGAAGCUGAAGCAUAAUAUGGAGGUUAAUUACAGAACAUGUUAUAGGGCGAAAGUUGAGGCUAUCAAGCUGCUCAGUGGUUCAUUGGUUGAUGAGUAUGUUAAGCUCAGAAGUUAUAUGGCUGAAUUGAAGAAACGAGAUCGAGAAGGACAUUUCUUUUUGGAGGUAGACCCCCAUCCUAAUGGCGACAAUGUUUUCUUUCAACGUAUGUACAUCGGGUUCUCAAGUUUAAGAAAGGGAUUUCUGGAAGGAUGCAGACCGAUGAUUGCGUUGGAUGGAUGUUUUCUGAAAGGAGAGGUUAAAGGGAUGAUAUUGAUAGCAGUUGGGAAAGAUGGAAACAAUCAAAUGUUUCCUAUAUGUUGGGCUGUGGUGGAAGGUGAAAACACCAAUUCAUGGUGUUGGUUCGUGCAAGCAUUAGCUAAAGACCUAACUCUAGUUGAUGGAAGGGGAUGGACUAUUAUUUCUGAUCAACAGAAGGAUGUGAUACUUAAUGUGGCUGAUAGAAGAACAAUUGAAAGGGAAUUGAGAAUUGCAACAUCUGGAGUUGGCGUUUAUGUUAAUGAGAGGACAGGGAACCAGUAUGUUAGGCUUAAUGGAGCUGCUGGCAGGCCAGUUCGUGGACCUCAGCCAACUGUCGUGGACUUGCAUGGAAGUCAGCCACCACCUAGUCAGCCUUAGAUGUAGGAAGAAUAUGAUGCUUAAGUCAUCUUUUGUGUAAUGUCCAUAGUAGACACUUAUGUGCACUUUGCUAUGUAAUGACGAUUACAUGACUCAGGAAGCAGUUGGUAGCAGAUUAGUUUGCAAGUAGUUUUGGUUAGGGAAGGUUAUGAACACACUUUUAAUGAUGAUUACAUGACUCAAGUGCAAGUUGUUAGUUGCAGGUGUAUGAAGUACUCUUCUAAUCGACACCAUUUUGAUGUGCACCCUUUGCACUUGCUUAAUAUAUGUGUCUCAUUAGAGAGACCAAACAUUUGUUACUCGCUUUAGAACAUUACAUUGUUACUCGCUUUAAAGAAAUAGAGAGACCAAACAUUUGUGUCCAUUAAAGCUUGCAUACAUUUGUUCAACGUACUCAAACAACAACUCGUACAAAUUGCCUAAUCCACAGAAUGCUAACUACAUACCAGACUCUGGCCUCCAAAGAACAACAACCAAUAUAGCAUUCAUAAAUACAGCACCAAUCAACAUAUAUCGAAUAAUACGGACAUCAUCAUCCAAUCGCUUAACACGAAUCGCCAUAACCUCAUGAGCAAGCAUCAAUCUGCUUAGUUCUUCAGCCAAGCAUUCAUUUUCCUUCUUCAUCUUCUCUGCCUUCCUUUCUGCUAGCAUCAGACUCUCUUCCAGAUUCUUAAUAGAACCCAUUUCAUUGGUCCAUGAGCCAGUUUCAUCAUCGUUUGAUUCCACCCACUGAAAAAAUCGACAAGUUUUUUUCCUAUCCUGCAGCGAAAUAAUACGCAUGAAACUCAAAAAAUCGACAAGUUUGAUUCCACCCACUGUUAAAACCCCUGUAUUGCUUACCUUCCAAUAAGGACAAUCGUAGAACUGCCGCCCUGGGUUCGUAUAAGUACCCGAAGUUUUAAGAACACAUGGGACGUUGUGCUCGCAUCGAACAACAAUCCUACUAUUGGUGCUUGCUGAUCCGGAAUCGGCAACAUUGAAAUCCACCUUCUUUCCAGACCUAUUCGACAUGGAUUCGGAGAUGAAGGGUUGACCGGGAUAUGGAGCGGCUGCGCUGGGAUUCGGAGAUGAAGGAACGGUUGGGCGAAACUGUCUCGGUGAUUAUCUUGGUGUAUGGAGCGAAAAUGGAAUCGGGAGAGGAGUUGGGGUGGAGAGGAGGUAUCGAGGGAAGGGAUUGAAAAUAGAGAGGAGUCUCUGUUGUGCGAACCCUAGAAAACAAGAGAGGAAGGGAAUGAAAACGACGGCGAGGCCAAGAGAGAGAGAGAGUGUCAAUUUUUUUUUAUCCGAUGUGGCGUCCACGUGGCUAAGUCCACCCGGUUGGCGAUGACGUGUCAUCCAUUUGGCGUACAGGUCAGCUAAACGGACACUUAACUGACGGAGACGUUAACUCCGUCAAAUCUUUUAACGGAAAUGGCUAGAUUAGACAACGAACUUUAAAAAGUAUGGCUACAUCUGUGUAUUAUUCAAAAAAUGGCUAUAUCUGUC